AUGGACACGGAACCCCUUAAUGCCCGCUCCCAGAUCCUCCUGACGGCUCUAGCAGAGAUAUCUGGGCGCCGCGAUGCGUCCACCGAACCCGAGGGAGACUGCUGUGUGAUCUGCCUCGAGCGCAUCUCCGACCAGGCCGUCGCACAGCCAUGUAAACACGCCUCGUUCGACUUCCUAUGCCUCAUCAGCUGGCUACAAGAGCAGUCAUGUUGUCCGCUUUGUAAAGCAGACGUUAAAACUGUUCAGUACAAUUUUACGGACUCAGGGCCAGCGGUGUUCAGAACCUACGAAGUCGCCUCGACGAAAUCGGAACCCUCGGUUUCGACGUCAAGCUCAAACGUAGGAUACUCGAGACCGUCUAGCUUCGAAUUGAGACCAAGGAGGCCAUAUCGAAGGAGGGAAAACAAUAGCGCCCCUACACAGACUCCGGAUCAAGCGUUGCUUCGACGCAAGCAGGUCUACGAACAGCAGCUCUUCUCAUUGCACGUAGGCUCCAACCGAGUCUCUCGAUUCCGCGAUCUCACGCCUGCAUUAUUUACAACAGACGCCGAGCUGGUUUCACGAGCACGCAAAUGGAUUAGACGGGAGCUCCAGGUCUUCACAUUCCUCAAUGCAGAUGCCUCUUCUACGAGUAACGACCGCAGGGCGAAUAAUGCCGAGUUCUUACUGGAGUACAUUGUGGCGAUAUUGAAGACGGUCGAUAUACAGGGGAGCGAAGCGCAGGCUGAAGAGAUGUUGAAAGAUUUCUUGGGGAGAGAAACUACGAGGUUAUUUUUGCAUGAGCUGAGUGCAUGGUUGAGGAGUCCAUACACGGAGCUGGCUGCCUGGGAUGCCCAUGUGCAGUAUUCGGAGGGCUCGAAUGUGGGACGAAAGGGUGGUGAAAAUUCUCGAUAUACUAGUGAUAGGCCGAGAGGACGAGGAGGCUACAGAUGUUCAGGCAAAGGAUAUGACUCUGUGAGAGGGCGGCCGAGAGGUCAGGUUAAUGGCGUGAUUCUCAGGAUUGUUCACAUCCUAUGUAAGUUUCAGCCGCGUCAUGUUGUCGCAAGAUACAACUCUCACCAUUACGGAGUAUCUGUUCAGCGGGAAGGGCGCCGUGGGAAGAAGAUCUGUGGGACCAAGCGCCGAUGGAUGAAUAUGCGAGGGAAAGGGAUUGGUCAGGAGUCCUGUUGUGACUGUAAGUUCUUGAACGGAUACUUAUAG